AUGAGAGAGAAAGGAGCGCGCCAUCUGCCAUCUGGCAUCGCCGCCGCAUUGGGUGUCGGCCCCGCGCCACAGAAAUACUACAGGGUGUGGUCCUCCUCUGAUGGGCCUUCGUUGCAGUGUCAGGUGCUGACUCAUUGCAAACACUUUCUCAUAGGGAUCAUGCGACCCAAUCCAGUCAUAGAAGCGGGGAGCUCCUCCAAAAAACGGCGGCUUAGCAAGGUGAUCACUUUGGAGGAUGAGGAUGAGGUUGUGGAGGAAGAUGAGGAUUUCAACAUGUAG